GAUAUCUGCAACAAGCGGUCCCUCUCUCCCGGACAUUUCACGAAGGUCAAAAUGCAUUGGCAUGCAUUGCCACCGCGACGUAGUGUGACCGCAGUUCGAAAUUUCGUCGUCAACACCGGAUUCAGUAAUCAGUCGGUCGGCUAAAGGUUCAAUGAAAACUCCUCCGACACUACGACGUUCUCCGUUCGCUCCGAUCUAUAUAAUAUUAUUAUUAUUAUUAUUAUUGCAUUGCCAUAAUAUAACAGCCGCGUGUCGUCGCGUCCGAAUUUCACGUCGCGAGUAUAUCCACAACACUACUACAGCAGGAAACAGCAGGCGAUCGCCGUCCAACCUCCGACGACUCUCCGCAGCACGUGCCGCGCCGCUGUAUCUCUGUCAGUCAGUCCGUCCGUCCGCGAUAACCGUAACGCGAUAGGUGUUGUUAUAAUAAUAUCACGAUAUUGCAAUACGACCGUAAUAGCACAAUACACUGUAUUAUAGCAUUACAAAAAUAAUCAGUUCGACGUGAUUUUCGUUUCCUUACGCCGCCGUCGCCGCCGCCACCGCCUUUUCGGAUCAUUCGAAUUUUCACCGGAUUUCUCUAUUGCCCGUCGAUCCGUGUACAAGUUGUUCAACGAAUAUAUUGCCCGGCAAAAUACAACAUCAUUACCGGAUAGUGACGACUACCGGUGCCGCGGUGUAUAAUAAUAAUAAUAAUAACAUACAACGACGGUGCUCGUUCGCGUAAUAGGCAGGUCCAUCCGUCGUCGCCGACGGCGGUCGUGUGUCCGUAUACCUUGCGCCGGCCGGAAGUCCGAGCGAUCGUGUUAUUCGACGCGAGGAAAACGCGUAUACAACACAGUGUUGUGUACAGGCACUUUACCUGUUAAACACAGUGCACAGAAAAAAUAGUAACGACCGCGUCGACCGCGGUCCGUCUAAAAAUCGGAUUCGCGCUGUCUAACGUUUGCGCGCGCAAAUGAAAUGCAACAACUUAUAUUUGGAAACGCUAGGUACGGUCUUUGCGGCUUUGGUCUUCUGAUCAUUUCAUACGCGUUGUUCUUCUUCGACCCGGUAGAAAUCAUCAAAUCAGCGAAAUUGAAAUUUGUCGAAGGAUCGUAUGCAUUUCAGCUGUGGCAAAAACCUCCGGUUAAAGUUUACGUCAACGUGUACAUAUUUAACGUGACUAACGCUGAUAGAUUUUUGGCAGGCGAAGACGAAAAACUGGAUGUCAAAGAAAUAGGCCCGUAUGUUUAUUGGGAGGAGUUGGAAAACACGAACACUACGUUUCACAGCAAUGACACUGUAACGUAUAUCCCAAGGAGAAAACUGCACUUCGAACUUAAAUCGUCCGUUGGAGAUCCCGAGAAGGAUCGCAUCGUCGUUCCUAACAUCCCCUUAUUGGGAUUCAGUUCGAUGCUCCGGAGUUCACCGAUGUUCGUAAACGUAGUGUUCAAUUCGUUGGUCGAAUACCAGGAUUCACAGCCGAUACUCAACCUAUCUGUAAACGAAUUCCUAUGGGGAUACGAUGACAGGUUAGUGAAGAUGGCCAGCAGUGUGCUACCCACGUGGAUCAAUUUUUCAAAAUUUGGGCUACUCGAUCGGAUGUUGGACGAAGGAACCAAUGUCGUCACAAUGGCUGUGCCAUCGGAACGACAAACAAAACGUCCCUAUACAAUAGAUAACUUCAAUGGAUCGCCGAUUUUACACCAAUGGGCCAAUGCUGAUGCGCCUAAUGAGAUGAAUAAAUGUUCGUUGAAUUCAUCAUCGGAGGGAUUACUAUUCCCAAGGCACUUGACCAAAGAUAUGCAUUUCCCAAUUUAUCGAAAAGCCUUCUGCCGAACAUUGCCUUUGACAUAUAACUCUACCAGCGAUAUGCCCAUUGGGUAUCCCACUGUUUAUUUGUAUAAGUUUUUGCCCGAUGUUUUUAAUUCUUCUCUGGAUGAUAAUAAAUGUUAUUGCCCGCAAGAUGGGUGCUUGCUACCAGGACUGUCAGAUAUAUCGCCGUGCUACUACAAUAUACCAGUGGCAGUGUCGUUUCCACAUUUUUACGGCGGCGACCCGGCGUUGUUGGACAAUGUCAAUGGAAUCGCUCCCAACAUGGAAAAACAUCAAUCCGUAGUUGCUGUACAACCGGAUCUCGGUAUACCGCUGGCCGUGGACAUUAAAAUUCAGUUGAACUUAAUCAUAAAGGCCACGAGGUACGUGAACCGCGCCAAGAAGUUCAAUGGAUUGACGUUGCCAAUAUGUUGGUUGCAUUUGGAAGUGAAGAGUCUGCCGAGCUCGUUGAACGCGCUGCUUUACCUGUGCUUCAACGUCGGACCAGUACUGGUGAAGGCGGUCGUCGCGCUGACGGCUGCCGUGGGCUUUUUCCUGGUCGGCCUGGCGGUCAAACGGUUCGGCCGAGGCCAGCAGAAGCAGCAGCAUCCCGUCAACGGGUCCGCGACCGGAGACCACGAGAACGGACGUGGCAGGGGCUGCGAAGACGACGACGACGACGACUACGAAGACGGCGGCAGCGGUGGCGGCGCAGAGUCAGGCGGGCUGAUCGUCAAGUGCGGGCCCGCGACCGGACGGUACCGCGACAAAUCGUACUUGCCGUUGCACCACGUCACCGUUUCCGGGUCGCCGUCGGUAGUCGUCGACUACGAUCACUCGCAGGACUACGCGAGAGGUCGAUGACGAUGAGACACGAUAUAUCAUCGUAAUAACAGUGGUAAUACACUGCCACCUAUUUACGUGCACAAUGAUAUUACGAACCGUUACUGUAAUAUUAUUACCGCCAUCGUCGUUAUCAUUGUAUUGCCUUCACACGCGCCUUAUGUACGCACGUUGUCCCGUUAUAAUAUUUAUUCAUCGUCAUUAUUAUUAUUAUUAUUAUUAUUAUUAUUAUUACUAUUGUAUUAUUAUUGUUAUUGUCAUACCACAUCAUAUUAUUGUGUACGCCUACACGUCUCGGGAGCCAGACUGUAUCAAGUCACCAGGUUACCUAGCCCAACCCGACCUAUGUUAUACGUGUAUCGUGUGUAUAGAUCUAUCUGGUAGCGGAGCGAACGUAAGUCGUAUAUCCUCCUCUAUAGCGAAUGGAGUGUGUCGAGCGCGAUAUCGCGGUAAGAUAUAUGUCACCGUUAUACCUGCCGAUUUUAUAUCUAACCCGUCUGAUUUUCAGUUCGAUUUAGUACAGCGAAGUCCGCGAGAAAACUACGUAUCUGAAAUAGUAGUACACAGUGUACCUACUGUUAUUGUGUGAGUAGGCGUACUCGCCGUGUCGUGAGGAAUCGCGAAUUUAUGUUUGAAAAUCAUGUCGAAGGGGAGUAUUAUCGACUGUUGGCGCUGUCCCGGCCGCUCCGGGUGACCGCGUACGACUUAACGAUGUAGUUAAAAGCGUAUAAUCAUAUCCAAUAUAUUAUAAUAGGUAGGUGCGCGUAAGGAUCAAGGUUUUGGGGAUAUAUUUUUGUUUGAAAUAUGUUGUUUACUUGUAUACUUUUCCACAUCACAUAUUAUUAUCGUCAUGAACUUGAUACAACGUAUUUCGUUUUCUCCAUUGUUCCCGUCCAUCACUCGUGCGAUUUCUGCAAUUGUAUAGAUAUUUUUUUCCCGACGAAAAAGCUCGUUUAUGACGCGCAUGAGCGAUUAUUUACGCACAAUUAUACGCUGCAAGUGAAUAUAAUACGCGGUUUAAUAUCGGGUGCAAAACCGUAACACGAUAUUCAUGACCGUUGCGCGAGCUUCUUCUAAAUACAAUAUCGGAGAAUGCAAUCGCGUACCCAAGUCCAAUCUCCGACCUGACCUCCCACCGGCCGUCCGACGUAUCAAUAUACGUAUAUAAUAUAAUAUUAAUUUUAUAAAUUUUUUCAGCGACAUUAAUUUUCUCGUAUUGACAGCGUUCGUAUAGACUCAGAAUAAGCUGUCGUACAUAAAACGCCCCGUUCCGUUCGGGUCGGGCGUCCUAGGGAAAAAGCCUGCAGGAAAUCGUUAUAUUAUAUGUGUCGGUAAAAAAUUCGACAGAGCGAUAUUACAUCAUAUAGUUAUUAUUAUACAUUAGUAGGCGAGUACUGCUCCUGAUACGCAUAGAUUUCGAUAUCAGAUCCUAUGACCCGUACACGUGAUAGUAUAUAUAUAUAUAUAUACAGUAUAUGUACAUGCGUGUGUGUGUUCCCCGAUGAGAUUACGAUUAAAGGGGGCGUGGUAACAACCCAAACCCCGGGUUGACACUGCAAUGACGUCGCCCCAAUGGUAUAAUAUAUAUACAUACAAUACACGGUUUCUUUUUUAUUUUUGGACUUUGACGAUCGAAUCCGCCUGCAAACGGUGAAAUAAUUCAUUUCCGUUUUUGGGGACGGCGAAGUAUACAUAAUACAUGUAUAGGUACUAUAAAUUCAACGGAAUCACCACCUCCGACGCAUACCGUACACGGACGAUCGAAGUUACACACCCCAAAAAACUAUUUAUUCAUAUUAUUAUAUAAAUGUAUAAUAUACCAAAUACCUAUAUAAACUUACUUCGUCGAGGAAUGUUUUCUCGUGAGGGAUUUAUCGAAAAGUUUUGGAACAUCACCUCCGUGCAUAAUGCUACCUCCGUACUGCAAAUGGUUAGAAAAAAAAUACGUUUCGCUCGUUUGCCUUGUAUUUGAAUUAAAUUACAUAGAUAUAUUUAACUCGACUUGUAUGAUAUAGUAAUAAUUGUAUAAGACUCGUGUGUUUUUAAGCGAUGUACUUACCUCGAAUUGAUAAAUAUUUUUGUGGCAACUACAUAAAUAAUAAUUAAUGUGCGUGUGUUUUUUUUUUUUUUAAAUAUAGUACGAAAUAUUUGUUAUAAAUAUAUAUAUAUAUAAUAUAAAUAGUUGUUUUGUAUAUAAAAAAAUUUGUUUUAUUUGUAUAUAUAUAUAUUGUAUGUUAUAUGAUAAUAUUCAUUAAAAAUAAAAA